UCACAGUCAGACACAAGCAGACUGGUUGAGUGGCAACACACUAUGAGAGGGGGGAAAAAUCUGUGGAAUUGGAAUGAGCUGUUUAAGGGAGCCCUAGCUAGUCUCCCUCUCGGAGGAAGUGGGAAACGUGAGAAAAGCAGCGCCUAUUCUCUGUGAGUAGUUCUGAAAGGAGCACGAGGGGAAAAUACCAUAUCUAGAAAAACGACUCCCUUCAAACCCCUGGAGCUGUGACUGUCCUGAGGAGAACACUCCUCUAACACAUACUCGCCAACGGACUGUGGAGGCGUGAGAAGAGCCGUGGAGAGGAGCAGCUGACGUUAAACAGACAAAGCACAAGGAAGAAGAGAGUAAAAAAUAGCGAACGGGAGGAGAAAAGAUGGAGGCCUUGCUUCCUGUGUUACAGCGGCACCCUGGACUGUCUGUGUUGGUGUGCGCUCUGAUGUUCCGGGUGGCCCACAGACUACUACAGAACCUGCCUGUGCCCAAAGUGGUGGCGGUGGAUGACUUCCGCUCCUGGAAGUGGAGGAACCUCUCGGUCUCUAUGGUCCACUCCCUCCUGACAGGGACUUGGGCUGUGACCUGGUGAGUCACUCGCUGCACUGGGACACCAUUGUUCAUUCACAGUGGAUCCACAUGAUGUUGUGUUACGUAGGGGUGUGUGGAGCAGAGCAGUAACAGUCACUGACAGGGGAGAGGAGAGGGAUGAGCAUGUUCAGACAGGGGAAGGGGUGGGGAGACUAAGGCAUUCUCAAGUGGGGAGGGAAAUAAAUACUUGUUGAACUCUGCAACCCUGUAUAGGCAGCAAGAUGUGUUCAUUUUAUGCUUGUAGUUUAGAGUAGCUGAUUAGGGCAGUAAAUGUUCCCCUUUAUAGUUAAUAACUAUCUAUGUGUCAGAGGUUAUUGCAAAUAGGCAGAUAUUGAGUCAGCAAAGAUGGAGCCUUAAUCAGAUUGAGGCAGUUUAAAAAGCAGAUCUGUUUUGAUAUAAGAAAAGUUGACUUCUUGAGAAUCCACUCAAGUCAAUUAGCCUAACUAAAGUAGUGUCAUGACAUAGACAAAAAAAAAACAACUAUCCUAUCAUAAGAAUGGUGAAGUAGCCCGUUUCAAAGAGAGCAAGUAAGUGAACUGGAAAAACCUGCUGGCUAGAUGACUGUUGUAAAAGCUGUUAUGUGAGGUGGGGACUUCUGAAGGACUACAAAUUGAGCCUCCAUUUAGGGCCAGAUCAGAGCCAUAAAAUAUGUCAUUAUGUUACACACAUUGUUUUUGUAGUACAAGUAGAUAUACAUUAUUAUUAUAUAUAUUUUUUUACAUAUACAGUACCUACGCUACUUGUAUAGCUGACUACAACACAUAUGUACAUAGGCAGGCUAUACGAUAUAGGCUAGUAAUAGAUGUAUCAACAGUUGUUUCAUAAGAAAGUGAAAACAGUUAUUCAACAAGCUGCUUGGACAAGCUGUUGUUCAUGUAGUUCACUGAUUGCCAUACACGUGUUCACCCUAACCUGCUAGAAAGCACCAGGUCACUCAUUAACAAGGGAAUGUACUGUCUUACCGUAGACUUUGCUAUAGACCUUGUUAAGGCAUGUAUAAUCUUGUAAAGAAGCAGGAGAAUCUGUUACCAGAUAGUGAUACUAAGUCUGUGCUUAUUCAAGCUAUUCUCUACACUGAAGGGUUUCCCAAACUCGCUCCUGGGGCCUCCCCUGGGUGCACGUUUUGAUUUUUGCCCUAGCACUACACAGCUGAUUCAAAGCUUGACGAUGAGUUGGUCAUUUGAAUCAGCUGUGUAAUGCUAGGGCAAAAAAACUAAACGGGCCCCCAGGACCGUGUUUGGGAAACCCUGCUCCACAGGAGUGAGCCAUGUGUGUCUGAAUGAGAGGAACUCAGACUUUACUGGCCAUAACCAUGUAUCCCUGUCCUCUCCAGUGUGAUCAUUUGGCCUGAGAUGGCAACCAACAUUCACUCCUUCUACACGGCCCCGGCCUACAUGCUCAUCUGCAUCUCAUCAGGUCAGUCACUACCCCUUUAAGAUGGCUGCUAAAAGAGCUGCGUGUGAAAGAGUUAAAUAAAGGUAAACUGGGAAUGAAUUAACGUUGACCACCACUGGCAUGGGAGAGUGGGGUUCAUCGUGGGGAAUCUGUAAACACUUGAACUUUACUUAUAAUGGCUUCAGUCUGGCUUGAUCAAAUAAAAAAAAGUUAAAAGGCAUGGAGUGAAUUCUGAGCACGUGCUCACACAACACACUGUUGACUAGGCAGGCUGUAAUCUUGAAAGAGGGAGGGAGGAGGGCUUGACAGCUACUUUUCCCCCUUGUUCCUGAUAAUAGCUGGUAUAUCCUGGGAAAAUAGAUACUCUCCCACCUUUCAGUGGCAGCCAGAUAGAGAGAAUGAGCAAUGCAGAUCCACCCAUCUCACCGGGCUUAAAUAGGGGAUGGGCCACACCUUCGGAUUGCUAUGGGCACCAAAACUAAUCCCCUAAAGACCCAGCAGUCUAGAGAGCUGCUGAAAGAUGUGAUGACGAGAUGUGACUAGCGGUGGGUGUUGUUAUUCCGUGUGUCUCGCAUGCAUGUGUAACUGAGGAUGCAGGUCUGAGGAGAGCCAGCCUGACAACUACAAACCUUCAAUUCCAUUGAGACAGAUGGCCAUAAAUAGAGGUUCACACAACACUCAUUUUGAAAUCCUGUCUAAAGCGGUUUCCCUGUUUGCCUUUCAAGAGUAACAUAAACGUCCAUGGUGCUGAUAACUAGGAUGGACUAUGCCAGUACAGUCCAAUAUAUUUCUCUCCACUGAUGUACUUAGGACAGGGAAGUCCUGACCAGUUGUUUAUGGUACUACUGUUAUCAACCCUUUAGAUGGCCUCCAUCAAUUGUUUGGACCUCAAUAAGUAAUCCAUAGAAAUAUAAUAUUGGGCUCUGUUCCAAUAUCCACACUAGCAUAGAAUUAGGAAUUAAGCAAUGUAUUGGGCAUGCAUUCAAAGGGGUAUGCUGGUAUGUACAUUGGAACGUGGCCUAAGAUUAGAUUCUGUAUCUAAGAGCUAUCUAAUAUAUCUGCACAUCGACUCUGUACUGGUACCCCGUGUAUAUAGCUAAGUUAUCGUUACUCAUUGUGUAUUUACUAUGACGUGUUUAACUUUUCUAUUGUUUCUCUAUUUUCUUUCUCUGCAUUGUUGGGAAGGGCCCGUAAGUAAGCAUUUCACUGUUAGUCUACACCUGUUUAUGUGAUGAAUAAAAUUUGAUUUAGAACGCUUCAAAAGGCCUUGAGACUGAGGCAUUGACCUUUACUCUCCUUUGACAGGAUACUUUGUGCAAGAUGCAGGUGACAUCCUCCUAACUGGACACGCAAGAGGAUCCUGGGAGUUCUUAAUUCAUCAUGUCCUGGUAAGAGAAUUGACCUUUUGUUUCAGUUUGUACCUGCUACCUGGUAAGAUAAUUAAUUUAUGGCCUCUUAAUUAUUUUUUGCAGCAGCAGCGACUGCUGGAUUGUGUCUGAAGGUUAGAUACACCAGUAUUUUAAUUCACUGGUUUUAUUUGAUGGCCUUGUGAAACCAGACUGAUCGCUGCGCUCACGCUUUGUUUCAAUUCCCUUCACUUCACGUGAAACAAUGAGAGCUGUGAAGGAAUUUUUAAUAUUGUAUGGUGCUAAGAGUUCCAGUAAAAUCCGCCUAGGAGGAGCGCGGUAUCAGUAGUAGAAUUUUAAAGGUGCUACAGCGAGGGCCUAUUCUGUAAUCUAAAUGAAUGAUCCUGUGUGUCUGUCCCUGACUGCAGGGGAACAACACCCACCAUUAUGUUCGAGCACACAGCCAUGCACUCUCCAUAGACAACCAUUGGCAGUAGAAUGGCCUUAAUGAAGAGCUCAGUGACCUUCAACGUGGCACCGUCAUAGGAUGCCACCUUUCCAACAAGUCAGUUCGUCAAAUGUCUGCCCUGCUAGAGCUGCCCCGGUCAACUGUAAGUGCUGUUAUUGUGAAGUGGAAACAUCUAGGAGCAACAAUGGCUCAGCCGCUCACAGAACGGGACCGCCGAGUGCUGAAGCUCGUAGUGCGUAAAAAUCGUCUGUCCUAAGAUCACAAUGCGCAAUGCCAAGCGUCAGCUGGAGUGGUGUAAUGCUCACCACCAUUGGACACUGGAAACGCGUUCUUUGGAGUGAUGAAUCACGCUUCACCAUCUGGCAGUCUGACGGACGAAUCUGGGUUUGGUGGAUGCCAGGAAAACGCUACCUGCCCGAAUGGAAAGUGCCAACUGUAAAGUUUGGUGGAGGAGGAAUAAUGGCCUGGGGCGGUUUUUCAUGGUUUAGGCUAGGCCCCUUAGUUCCAGUGAAGGGAAAUCUUAAUGCUACAGCGUACAGGAAACAGCAGAGGGUGCACCCCCCUAUCCACAUCGACAGGACCGCAGUGGAGAAGGUGGAAAGCUUCAAGUUCCUUGGCGUACACAUCACCGACAAACUGAAAUGGUCCACACACGCAGACAGUGUGGUGAAGAAGGCGCAACAGAGCCUCUUCAACCACAGGAGGCUGUAGAAAUUCGUCUUGGCACUUAAAACCCUCACAAACUUUUACAGAUGCACAAUUGAGAGCAUCCUGUCGGGCUGUAUCACCGCCUGGUACGGCAACUGCACCGCCCGCAACCACAGGGCUCUCCAGAGGGUGGUGCGGUCUGCCGUACGCAUUACCGGGGGCAAACUACCCGCCCUCCAAGACACAUACAGCACCCGAUGUCACAGGAAGGCCAAAAAGAUCAUCAAGGACAUCAACCACCCGAGCCACUGCCUGUUCACCCCACUAUCAUCCAGCACUGUCGGAGCUAGAAGCACAAGCAUUUCGCUACACCCGCUAUAACAUCUGCUAAACACGUGUAUGUGACAAAUAAAAUGUGAUUUGAUUUCACAAUGACAUUCUAGACGAUUCUGUGCUUCCAACUUUGUGGCAACAGUUUGGGGAAGGCACAAAGCGAGGUCCAUACAGAAAUGGUUUGUCGAGAUCGGUGUGGAAGAACUUGACUGGCCUGCACAGAGCCCUGACCUCAACACCAUCGAACACUUUGGGAUGAAUUGGAAUGCCGACUGCAAGCCAGGCCUAAUCGCCCAACAUCAGUGCCUGACUUCACUAAUGGAAGCAAGUCUCUGCAGCAAUGUUCCAACAUCUAGUGGAAAGCUUUCCCAGAAUAGUGAAGGCUGUUAUAGCAGCAAAGGGACCAACUCCAAUUUUGGAAUGAGAUGUUUGACGAGCAGGUGUCCACAUACUUUUGGUCAUGUAGCAUACAUCCCAAUAUUCUGAUCUUCUCUAACAUGGCCCAUACUGGAACACCUAAAGACCACUAGUUGGGUGCUAGUAUUUUUUGAGGGAUCCAUUAAUCAUGCAGUAUAUUCAAUAUAAAUUGUUAUUUUAUUCCCCCCCCCCAUAGUUUUACUUUGCAAAGAUUACAGUAUCCCAAUCACCCAAGGUGCAGAGUGCCAUUAACCCCUUUCUCUCUGUCCUUCCCUACCUCAGGUGCUCUGGUGCUUCCUGUAUGCUCUGUACUCGCACCUCUACGUGGCCGGUACUGUGGUGGCUCUCUUCGUGGAGGUUAAUAGUGUCACCCUGCAUUUGAGGCUAAUGCUGAAGCUAGCAUCACAGCAGUCGUCCCCUCUGUACCAAAUCAACAAAUUCCUCAACCUCUUCACCUACGUUGUCUUCCGCCUCAGCGCCCAGUUCUACCUCACGUAUUACAUCAUCCAGAACUACUCCUGGAUGGACAAAGGAGGCUACUUCCUGAUUACCAUGACCCUCAUGAAUACCAUGAUCCUGGUCUACUUUUAUCGUCUUCUCCGCGCCGACUUCUUCCCCCGGAGCAGGGCUCACGUGGAGCAAAAUGGCACCCGCAACAACAACAUCAAAAGAUUCCUCACUGAAUGACACGGAGAGCGACAUGGCCGUAUACCAGCUGUUGCGUUUGUGUUUUAUUGUUGUUGGUUUGUUCGGUUACUGAUAUUGUCGUGGAAAUUAUUUUACACAGGGACACUCGAAGUAAAUCUUAAAUGAAUCAUAGUUUAUUUGUCAGCACGCUGGAGAGCUUCCAACCAACUCAAUGCACCAUAAUACACAUGUAUGUCAGAAGCUCUGCUGGGGCAGUCCCAGCAGUCGUCUUAUAUAUGGCUAUACACAGACAAGUUAUAUUUGCAUGAUUUAGCAUAAUUAAUUCAUCAUUACCGUUUUGUUUCCUCCAUGUGACCGACUGGUUCAUAACAUGUAACAGACCAACACUCACUAGGCUUCUUCUCUCUAAGCUGAGACCUUGAAACUGAGAUAUAUUUCAUUCUCAAAACAAGGUCUGGGAAUACU